GGAAAUAGAUUUCGGCUGUGGCGAUGCAACAAGCUCCUUGUAGACGAGCGCCGCCGAGCAGUCGGAAGCAGCCAGUACCGUGACGACCAGUUCCCGAGGAAAACCGGAGAAAUCGCCUCCGCCGAGGUCCCCACAUGAAUAACCCGGGAGCUGAAAAAUGGCGCCCGAUGGCCAUUUCGAACCCCUCGACCCGGUUGCGCAUGGCGAGGUCCAUGCCCCACUGGGUAAUGGCUCAACAACAGAAGGAAGCGGAGCAACAGAAGCAACGACGACCGCCGAGCCCGCCGAAGAUACCACCACCGUCGCUCUCCGGGGACUGUGGUGACCCGGACUACGAGAUCAUCGAAUUCCCGACCCGACCGCAAACCCAGACCCACAGCCAGAAGUCCUCAGCGCCGGCCGCGAACGCGAACAAGUGCGCGCUGUGCGGCACGGAGAACGUGUUCGCCCGCUGCGACACCUGCAAGGGGAACUACUGCGAGGCCUGCGACGACAUGAACCACAAGCACCCGAAGCGGAAGCACCACGUGCGAAGGAGGAUCCUGACGGAUCUCGCGACGAAAACGCGGCCGCCGCUGCCGCCGAAGGGGGAGAACUUGUCGAACCCGCCCCCGAUCCCGCCGCCCAGGCGGAACCGCAAGACUCAGGCUAAAUCGACGCAAAGCCAGGGACCCACGAAUCUCUCCUUGAUCGAGAGAGUCGGCAGCUUGAAGCGAACGCUGCCGAGCAGGCCGGUAUCGGCGACGCUCGACGCGAAAACGGUGUCGAAAUCCAUGCAGUCCGCGAAAGACGCCGCUGCCGUUGAAGCAUCCGGACAGGGCACCGACAAGAUGUCCACUCUCCAGGAAAGAUACAGGAAAUACCAGGAAGCGAUGCGCGCUCAAGAUGCGAACAGAAGGAGGCACACUUCCAACGAGAUUUCGAGGGACCUGGUGAACACAAGGCCGAUGAGCAUGGGCAGCCCCAGACUGGCGCCGCCGGUGCCGCCACCGCCUCCCCCUAGAUCGAUGAUACAGUCAGCGAGCGUUUGCGAUUUAUCCUCGCCGCAUAUGUGGAAUCCUGGAAUGCAUCAGGCGCAAUCCAUGGCACACCUAGGCCCAGGCGGCAUGCCCAUGAUGUGGUACCCGAACAACCCUUGGGACAUGACGAUGGGAGGCUCCACGAUGAGCUUGAACCACCCAGCGAUGUGGGGCUACCCGAUGGGCUACCCCCCAUCGCAGAUGCUGCCGCCACACUACCCAGGCUCGUUCUCGAGACCGCACAGUCCAGCUAGAAGCGUGAAAUCCGGCAGAAGGUCGAGAGCUCCUUCGCCAUCGCCCAGCAUGAAAUCCAGGAAAUCCUUGGUGUCGAGAUCGCGGUCCAGGAUAUCGCAAGGAUCCCCGUCAGACGCUAGCUCCGAGGACUCCGGUGAGUCGGACUUCGACGAUCGGCUGUCUCGCAGCUCCAGAGGAACGAGACGAGGCAGCAUAUCCAGGAGCAGACAGAGGAGCUACCACGAAGACGACAACAGGAGCUUAUUAUCCAGAAACCGUCGCGAACGACUGCUGUCAGAAGAGCGGAUGAGCACCGAAGAAUGGCCGGAAGGUCUCAGCAAGCGUCACCCGAGGAACUACGACGACCUCCAGAAGAACACGUUGAACUCCCGACGGAGGUACGAUCAGGACGAGCGCAGGCUGUCGAAGCUAGACCCUCGGCUCGAGCGCGUGCAGAACGGCAACUACAGGGAGCGCAGGAGACGCAGCACCGACGAGGAGUCGUCCGACAGAAGAUCGACGCUGCCGGCUCGAUCGAAAGUCACCAGCUCCUCCGACGAUCACUUCGACAAGGCGGAGCCCGCGCCGAGGAGGGACGACGAGGCGAUGCCCAGACGAGCGUCCUCCGCGAGAAGAGACGUCGCGUUGGACGAGACCGACAGAUCCUCCCGACGAGAUUCCAGGAGAUCCUCCGUCGACAGCGACAUGCAAGUCCCGAGGAAGCCGGCUUCGCGAGAGUCGUCCGCCAGGAGGUACCAGGAGGAUAGAUUAGAUAAAGACGAGGAUCAGAGAGGAUUAGGCGAAGCGAGGAACCAGCAAGAUCCAUCGCGCGAUCGCGAGCCGUUGAAGGACGCGCCGAAGAGGGAAGCCUCGCUCGAGGACACGUCUGCCAGGCGAAGUUCCAAGUCAUUGGAGUCCGAUAACCAGAGGAAAACGCCGUCCCGCGAGGCUCCGCGGAAACUUCGGGACAGCGCGGAUAGGGAGACUUCCAGGCCAGCCAGCAGGAACCAGGAAUUCGAAGCUAAGAAGGUGGAAGCUAGAACAGAGGAGAAACGCAGCGAGGAGAUUACAAGGAAGGAUGACCGAGUAGCUAAGAGCCUAACUGUCGCGGAGAAGGAGGCGAAACGCGAGAGCGUCUCGAAUGUCCCCGACGAUCAGAAGGUGAUGGAGAUCCCGAAGGAGGAAUGGGCCUGCGAGCACUGCACCUUCUUGAACAACGAGAAGGACCGCGUCUGCGUGGUCUGCUGCAAGACGAAGAGCAGCGCGCUUCCGCCCGCUACCGAGGACACCGCCGAGGAGGCAGCCAGCGAGCCGCCGAAGAGCGACUCGGCGACGCCGUCCAGCAACCUGAGCAACCCCAGCCCCGACCUAGAGAAGCGGACGAGCCUGCUAAAGAUAUCGAACAAUACCGCGACGCUGGAAGAAACGUCCGCGGUCGUCGCCAAGAGAACGCUUCCGGAACCCCCGCCGGUAGCGAAAGACGCGUCGUCAUCGACUGCGAACGGUACAUCGGCGGGCAUCGGGAGCACGCAGGACGUUGUCUCGAAACUAAAUGGCGAGGAACGCGCAGCGUCGCUCGGAGAAAUUCAAAAGAGACACUCGGUCUCCACCGGAACGUCCCCGCCGCCGCAGAACAUCUCGACUCAAACUUACGACUACCUUCCGGCGAGGGGGAGCGCGGGAUUCGCGAGGACGGCGUCGGGAUCUAAAGGGCUGUUGUACUACGAGGACAGCGACAUGGAGGAGCAGAGCAGGUUCGCCGGCAGCCCGGACCCGUACGCGCGCACCCAGGAGCAGCUACUCCAGCAGCUGAUCGCUAGCGCCAGCAGGGAACGCACGCGGCGAAAUUCGAUCGACUCGGCUCACCUUUAUUAUCGUUCCAGGGAGUCGAGCCAGCCUAGAUUCCUCGAGGCAGGCCCUAGUUCCCAAGGAGUUUCAACGUUGACGCGGCAAGGCUUAGAAAUUGUCGAACUUCUGCGAGAAGCCGAGAGGCACGGUUACUCCACCGACGACGUUCAGGUGGCUUUAUCGCAGGGCGCCGCCAACCCCAUUGACUGGCUGAAGGCGCAGUGGCCCCAUUUGGUUGAGACCGUGCAAGUUCUGGCAACUACUCAGGGAAAAGAGCUGAAGGAAAACAAUGUCGGCGCGAUCACCGCCGCCGAGGCGAAGGAGGCGUUGAGAUCGGCCAAGGGCGACGUGUGGAACUCCGUCGCCGUCGCCGUUCAACGUAGGCAGCAGAAAUGCGAGGAAAUAAUGAAGAAAGGUAACUUCGCGACGGCGGAAGUUGUGAAAGCGCUGGAGAAUAACGCCGGCGCCGAGGACGCGGCUUUAUUCGAGCUACAAAAGAAUCAGCUCAAGCCGUUUUUGAUGAGGAUCUGGGGUCCUCCGGUUGGGGUGGAAAAUGACGAGGCUGCACCGCGGGAAGAUGCGGCAGGUGCGGUCGGUGGUGGUACGGGUGUUCCCGAACAGGUUCCCAACGUGUCGGACACGGAAGCGCGGAAGCAGGUAAUAUCACCAAUCGUUGAAAAUUUCGUGGCGUUGCAGGCCGACUUUCAAAAGCAACUGGCGGCCCUCAGACAACUGACCGAUAACUGGCAACACGAUAAAGACCCCCUGAACACACCCGGUAAUAAGACUGAUAAUCUGUAUGAAAGUAACGCUGAUCAACGAACCGUUCUAAUCGAUAACAAUCUGGUCCCAAGGGCCGUACAAGACCUCGAUGUAGCCGAGGCCCUUGAAACGCCGGAGAAACGAGACUCGAUCGGCCCCAACGACGAUACGACGCGAACGACCGUAAACGAAACUGAUUUAUCUCCUAAAAAAGACAAUGCUCUAAUCGAAACACCCGACACACCUGUCGACCCUAAACGCCACGAUGAGAAAGCUCCCGAGAUAGUUAUCGUCGAGAAAAAACAGGAACAGACUUCGAACGCGAUGGAAAAUUCGAUAAAAGAAAAUGGGAUUAGCGAGAAACUGGACGAAACGAUUGCGGACCCUGCUAAAGAAUCGAAAGAUCGAUCCGUUCAGCUGCAAGAGAGAAGAGACGCGACUGUCGAUCCGAAAAGUCACGAUACUCCAGUGAUAAGUGUAAUUAAGAAUGAAGAGAAACAGAUUUCGAGUCCGUCGAAAAAUUCAUUAGAAGAUGUGAAUUCCAAGGUAGCGAAAGAAGUAAUCCCCGAUCGUGAUAAAGAAAAGGAGGAUCGAUCCGCGAAGUUACCAGAGGCGAAACUCGAGCUCGAGGACAAAAGUAAGGACGGUACGAUGGAAAAAGGUGGAACAAACGUCGAAGCAGAUAAACCAUCGUUGGGAGUAGAAUUAAACGCGCGAGACGCGGACAGUUCGAAGGAGGAUACAGAACAAACGAGAAGGCUAACUUUGGAAGUAGCACGGUCGGGAGACGAAAAAAUUCUCCAGCCAGCUGAAGGAAACGAAACCGCAUCCCGAGAGACUUCUAAACCCAGUCAAAGCACUAUGGUAGCAGAUAAAGAUUCUCUUUCGACCGAAAGCACGAGUAUCCCCACAGAAUCACAUGCGUUAGACCAUGGUUUAGCUGAAAAUUCGCCGCAAACUGGCGCAGCCGAAAGCUCGGCAAACGAGAAUCAAUCGCGAAGCGAGGAUAGCUUGCGGAAUGAAACAGCUUCCGCGAUAAUUAACGAAGAGCACCCUGGCCAGCCACGGGAGACGACAAUUUCCGAGACAGAGACGUCGGAGAGCAAAGAAUCUCUCGGUCAACCUAGCGAAUCCACCGGCGAGAAACAACAACCGUCGUCCGUGAGACCGGAAAACGGUUCUUCGGUCAACACUGCGCAAGAAAUCCCGCAGAAAAGUAACGAGACGCAAGUGGCCACUGUGGAGGCAUUAAUAUCAGCCGUGAAAUCGCUGCCGGAGCAACUAUUGGGUCCAUUCAUGUCGGCGAUGCAGAUGUUAUCCCCAAAGAAGGCGGCGGCGCUCGAUUCGGUGGCCAAGAAAUUGGAAGAGAAAAUGCAAGAAGUAGUGGGGAAAGAUACGGAGUCCUUUGAAACGCGCGAGAGGAAUGAGAACAAAAAGGAGAACGAUAAAAAUGGCGCGGAGCUGCCAGCGGAGAAGACGAUUGCCGAGGACACGAGAAACGCGGAGCCGGAGACAACGAAGUCCGUAGCUGCGACACCAGAAACGACCGCGGCCGCCAUCAAAAUGCUCCAAGAACUCGAAACGGUACGUAGAUGCGAGAGAGACGGUAGCGUUGUUCAAACUAACGUAAAAGAAAGGAUAUCGCCGGCGCCUGAAAACUCGGAGCAAGCGAAAUUUCACGGUAACGAGGUCUCAAAGGAUCGGCACGCUAAACUGACGCAGCCCCGGGACGUGGACACAAAGGAGAUGAUAUCUGGGAGCGACGCAGCUAAAGUAAGUCCGCAAAAAUGGCCGCCGGACGCCGCGCGCGACGCCAUUGACCGCGUUAGGCCCGGGGAGGACGCUGAUCGCGCGAAAAUGGACGAUACCCGGCGAACCGCAGGUGAUGCUUUGAGCGUUGAUGUGAAAAGUUUGAGAAUCGAUUCAUCUCAUCAUCCCGAGGCACAAAUAAUGAACGAGGAAUCAUCUUUAAAGGAAGCGAACGUCUCUUCCUCGAAUAAUACCGACGGCGCUCGAUCUAACAAUGAAUUAGCCGCUGCUCAUGAUGUAAUCAGUCAUAACGAAAUCAUCGCACCGCAAUCAUUACCGAACGAAACGUCAUCCUCGCUGGCACGCGACUCGGAGGCAUCCGAUCGUGAAUCAUCCGACCCGCGAACGCAUUCCCCGAAAGUUCAGAGCAGCGACGAUAACCGUGUGAAAUUAAUCGAUUGCAGUUCAGCCACUGACGACGCGAAUCCUACGCAAAACACACUUACCGCGAACGUUCACUCCGACGCUAAUGGUUUCGCUAAUUCGCUCGUAACACCUCCCGACUCACUUUCUAUUUCUAAAUCCUCCGUUCCCGAACAGCCGGCAGGUAAUCAGGAUUCGAGAAUAAUUGAGAACGGAACUCCCGAGGAUUCCAAAGCUUCUGUUGAGAUUCCCGACGUUCCCACGGACGCUGUUAUCCAAAAUUCUGUAGAUUCUGAGAAUAUUAUCGCCGAAAUAUCAGAAACUUCUCGAAACGCUCGUGAAGCUGUCGAGCAUCGGGAAGACUUGAAAAAAGAAGUUUCCAAGAAUGUUCAAGCUAGCCCGGAGACCUUAGAGCCUAAACCUGUAGAAAACUCACAGAUCAUCGCGAACGGAAUUCCGACAGACAGUGAACGCCCAAGCGAAGAAACGUCAAAGGCAUUAGAGCCCGAAAUUCUUCCAAACUCUAACAACCCCGUCGAAAUACCCCGGGAUCCUAAAGUUGUCACAGAAAUUUCAGAAAAUUCCAAAUUUACUGCAGAUGAAGUUCCCAAAGACCCCGAAGGUCUUACAGUAGAAGUUUCCCGAGAUUCCAGCGCCCAGCAACAAGUUCCCCCAGACCCCAAAGCGCUCGAUUCCGAAAUUUCAGAGCCUUCCGUUCAGAAUCCCGUAGAUUCCCCGAAAGAACUUGACGAUGCAAUAAAUUCCCUAGGUCACGAAGUCAGCGAGAUAAUUACAGAUAUCGUUUCGACGAACGCUGGAGUCAUCGUUGAACCAGCAUCGAAAGUUCCCCAAGAAACUCCGGUCGGCCCUAAACCCUUAGUCCCCGAAGUUUCCGAAAACCCAGAGGCCAUUAAAGAGGCAGUUCUCGAGGAUCUCCCGGGCAGCGAUCAUAAAGCUUCUAACGAUCCGGAGCCCGCGUCCCAGGAAAUUUCUAUAGCUGCGGCCGGCGUUGUUCAGGAGGCCAGGACUCCCAAAGUUCCUAACGAACCGGGAACGCUUCCCCCAGAAAUGUCCAAGUCCCCGUUGCAUGUAUGCGAAAAAGUGGAGCAGCCUAUCUCCGUUGCAUGCCACAUACCUCAGCCAGCUGACAAAAUCGAUACCCGUCCAAUAACUUCCGUAAGUAAGUCGGCGAGCUCCGGCGAAAAACCGGGGAAAAGUGGGCUGGCUGUAUCGGUGUCCGACGACGGAGACAAUGAGGUAACGAAAGACGUCAAUCCGGACGGAAUAAAGAAUGAUUUAAAUAGAGCAGCGGGGGCCGGCGCAGGGCGCCCCGGGAACGAGCAUUCCUCGGCCGAUCGAAACGCUUCGGCAACGUCCCCGGAUCCCACUUCAAUUCCGAACGAUAUCGACGCGAAUAAAAGGCCCGAGGCACUCGCGGCCACCGAAUCGACAAUUUUAACUAUUUCAAGUGACUCUCGUAUUAUCGGUCCGCCGUCGAACUCGCAUACCCCGGACACCGAAUCCGCCGUUAACAAGCUGAAUUCUACAGACGCUCGCGAAAUGCCGGGAACCCUCGACGAUCCUAAUGAUAUUGUCGAUACGUCGCGUAAUGCAUCCAUUCCGGUCGCCGGAGUCAGCCCCGCCGAGCCGGAUUCGGCGAGCCAAUUUACCGAGGCCUCGACGAAAGACUCCAACAACAAUACACCGGAGGUAACGUGCGCCGAAGUUGAAGCGAUCGAAUCGGAGAAACCGCGUAAAGAUGCGAUCGACGCGUUCGACGGCGAGCUUUCGAGUGCACCGAGUCCCGACGCGAAGGGUUUCAAGAUGGCCGAGUGUCAGAGCGUCGUCGACGUCGCGCCCGGAGUGGCGGAGAUCAUAGAGAUUAACAUAACCGAGUCGCCUAUGAUCGCGGUGAACGAUUGCGCGCCGAUAAUCAGCUUGGAGAGCGCGGCUGAAGCGAAGGUUCAGGAAUCGAUGGAACCGAAGGCUGAAGUUGGGAUCGAGGCGAAGGAGACGGUCGCAGUUGAAGAGAAGGUGGAAGACGUCGAUGACAGCUCGGUUGAAACGGAGGCGAACGGUGUUCUGAGGGUCGCGAUCAAGGAGAGAUCGAAGUCUCCCGGCAAGAAGAUCGGCAGGCGGAGGUCGCCGGUGAAGGUGGUGAAGAAACCUACGGGGAUACCGCGCAGGAACUUCGGCAAAGUGUGCCCGAAGGGCGCGUCGAAGUGCGUCGCGCGAACGAAAGAUGCGACGACGGAAAUAGCCCGCAGAUCGAUCGCGUCGAGCCAGAGACCAGCGAAAAGGGAAACCGCGGCGAAGGGAGACACCAGGGCCGCGAGGAUCGCGUCGAACAUCGUGGCGGCGAGCAAAGCGAAGGUUGCGGCCGGUCAGAAGCAAGUCCGCAGGAGUCCGGGAUUAAUCGGCCCGGCGCCGGAGAAGAGAUCGGCGAUCCUGAAAACCAUAUCAAGGGGCUGCGAGCAGAUCAGAAAGUCGAUCACGCGCGGCUCGUCGAAGGAGAGGAACGCGGCCGAGAAGGGGAGGAACGAGAAGCCGAGGGGCUCGUUCCUCUCGAGGAUCCCGGUGUUCACCGGGCGGCGGCGUCCGCAAUCUGCGAAAAGUUCGCAACCUUCCGAGGGACCAUCCGCCGGUUUAAAUAGCACGGGGAGCCGGCGAACUGCCGACGAAACUAGUUCAUCGGGAAACGCUUCGAAGGUACAGCCGAGACAAAAUAUUGGCUCCGAUAAAGCCGAUGCCGGUUUAGCCGCCGAGAAACGGGACGUCGCGAGGGGAUUGACGGCGGAUAGGAGUAUAAAUGGGAACGACGAGAGAAAUAAUUCCGCGGCGAAGAGCGCGGGAACACCUGGAUCGAUCGAGGACGAAGCGAAAGAUGAUAUAGAGGAUGAUUCAGACUCCAGCGAGGGCUGCACGCGAGAGGUGGAAGAGUACUCGGACGUCGACGGCUCCUCGGAGUUCGAGAGCGCGGCGGAGUCCGAGAUAUCCGGCACGCCGAAGCAUCUCUCCGACCAUACUCUGGACAGCAUGGACGAACUGACGGACGCCGAGAUCCGGCUGCAGGAGACGAUCAACGCGAUCAAGGCGAAAAUAUCGGACUCCGAGACCGAGGACACCGAGAACCUGUACAGCGACGUAGAGGAGAACUCCGAUUCCAGCGACACUCGCGCCGACAAGAUGGCCGCCAACGGUCAGAUAGAGGAUCUGCCUCCGGAGGAAGAGGAGUCGUUGGAGGACGCCAAUAUCGACGAGACGUCCGACGAGGAUGUUACUUUAAUAGCCGACGACGUGAAUCUAAACCGCAACCAGAAGACUGACCAAGAAACGAGGAAGUUAGGCGACGCUAAGAAAACUGUAAGAAAUUCAGUGCAGACUGUUAAGAAGGAGAAAGCCGCGAAGUCCGCGGUGGCGAUCAGCCCGCGCAAGGUGGAUUCCAACGGCACGAUCGAGGGAAAAGCCGCGAGACCUAGAAAGAGGCUCGAAACGAGUGACGUCAAAGCGGAGAGUAGAUCGGAUUCUAAGGUCGGGGUGAAAGUAUCGAAACGCGCGAGCGAGAAACGAGCGAAAGCGUGCCGCAGAGCGAGCACGGGCAGCGAUAAGGGUGUGGAACAGGGAGGCACGCCGAAGAAACGGUUCUCCCUGGUAGCCAGUUGUAUACGUCGGUUCGAGGGCGAAGAGAACACGGAAAGGGAGUACGUGGAAAGUACAAGCGGCUACACGAAGACAGGUGGAUCUCCCAAAACGGAGAGGGAGAGAAUAGCUCGUCGUCUGCUGGCCGAGGGCAAAGCGUCGAACUACGACGAGGCGGAGGUCGCUGCCAGUUUGCUGGCCUUGAAGUUCGGGGACGUGGAGGCCCUCCACGCAGCCAAAGAGUGUUCCAGCGUGGAGUCGGCGCUCGCCUUUCUGCAGCAGGAAUGCGAACUUUGCACCGGUCGCUUCGCCAUGAGUGAGAUGAUCUCCAUGCUGAAGUGCGUGCAUCGUUGCUGCAACGAGUGCGCGAAGAACUACUUCACGAUCCAGAUCAGCGACAGGAACAUCACGGACGCGGUCUGCCCGUACUGCAAGGAGCCUAACUUGAAAGACGCCGGCGAGGAUGAGAUUCUGGAGUACUUCAGCAACCUGGACAUCCAGCUGAAGACGCUCCUCGAUCCGCCGAUCCACGAGCUCUUCCAAAGGAAGCUGAGGGACAGAACGCUGAUGCAGGAUCCUAAUUUCAAGUGGUGCAUUCAGUGCUCGAGCGGGUUUUACGCGGAUCCGGAUCACAAGCGACUGAUUUGCCCUGAUUGCCGAUCGGUCACCUGCGCCUUUUGCCGGAGACCGUGGGAGAAACAGCACGAAGGAAUUACGUGCGAACAAUUUGCCGCUUGGAAAGACGAGAACGAUCCGGAUAAUCAGGCCGCGGGCUUAGCCAAGCACCUAGCGGAUAAUGGCAUAGACUGUCCCCAGUGCAAAUUUCGGUACUCGUUGUCUCGAGGAGGUUGCAUGCACUUCACGUGCAGCCAGUGCAACUACGAAUUCUGCUGCGGCUGCGGCAAGGCGUUCAUGAUGGGGGCAAAAUGCUCGGUCAGUCCGUACUGCGCGAAACUGGGCCUGCACGCUCAUCAUCCGCGGAACUGUCUGUUUUAUCUCCGCGAUAAGGAGCCCGCGCAGUUGCAGCAGUUGUUGAGAGAUAAUGGGAUCGAGUACGACACGGAGGGCCCGGUCGGGGAUCGCAAGUGCAAAGUGCAGUUGCAGAAAGAAACUCCCACCGGUGUUGUGGACGCGGUGUGCAAUUCAGACGUCGUUGAGGGACACGCCGGCCUCUGCAGGAUACAUUACAUCGAGUACCUAGUCCGAAAGAUUCGUAAAGUCCAAUUGGAGCCGCUCCCGUUGCUAAACGUGGAUGAUCUUGAAACGUGCGUAAGACGCGCCGGUUUGAAGCUACCACCGAACUGGCAGCACUACAUUGAAUACUUGGCGGGCCUGGUACUGAAGGGCAAGCUGGACCCCGUGGCAAUCUUUGACUUGAACGAUGCCAAACAAGAGCUGCGCCGCCGGGGAAAAGUUCCCCCUGCGAAGGACCAGGAAAUGUCCGAGCGGGAUUAUCUCGAGGCGUGCAUUCAGGUUGUACGGAAAGAGAUUCCAUUGGAGUGAUAGAAGAACUGUCGGUAUGAGAGUUUGUACAUGAGACUCUUACACUCUUGAUGCAUGUGUUAUAUAGUGUAUUUAUUUUAUUAUAUGGACAGCGAUGUAGAAGCCUAUUUGCUAUUAAAGUGAAAACAGAUUAAAAAGGUGUGUAAUAUUUCAUGUAAAGAAACAAGUGUUAUCUUUUAGGGAGAACUGUAGGCGUUAAACGGUACGGGAGUUAUUAUAAAAGGAUACGAAGUUUUUGUAAAUGAAAUAUACAAGGUAUUUUUUAUCUUAUAAGUAACACUUUAUGAUAAUCAUGAGAUUUUAUAAAAUAUUUUAAUAAAUUAUCAGCAAAGCUGUGUUAAGAAACUGUGCAAACUCUUUCUUUUGGUGGGUGUUGCACCAUGAUUCACGAUAUCUUUUAAUCGAUUUAGAUUUAGUUUUUUUAUCUUUUGACUCGAUGUAAUAAAGCUUGUAGCAGUCCCAAUUUUCUUUGCAGGUGUUUCUUUUAGUCCUUCCGUAACAGUUUCCACGCUUGAAUUUAAGAUUCCAGAGAUAUUUAAACCUGCAGUCUUAUCUUUCGUCUUCCUCUUCUUCUUUUUACGUUUCUGUGAUGUUUCGAUAUCUUUUGUGCUAAGUUUUAAUAGUUUUUCUCUUGGCGGUUUAUUAAGAGGCAUCUUAGUAGUUUGCAAACAAACUGAACAUUUCAGUAUUAGUUUAUUCAUCUUAUUUCUUAAACAUUUCUUUGCUAAACUUCUAUGAAAUUUAGAUGUACUUUUGUCAUUGUUGUUUAUGGAACGUAUAACCUUUCUAAUAGAUCUGGAAAUUGGUCUGCCUUUCGAUAUCCUAAUACUAUAAUCCAUUGUAUUCCAAAGUGAUCCACAGUAAGGACACAUCACUGAAGGACCAAAGUUUUGCAUUGGCAUAUUUACCCCUUUGCUUAAUCUUCUACACCUUUGUCUAAAAUUUAAUGACAUAAAAUGUUUAU